CCAAAGCGAACUGGAGCAGCGAACGCAGAACGCUGACGCGAGAAGCUCCCAGCUGCCAGCACCAGCCAGCUACCAGCACGCUGCAGAAGCGCAACGAAAUUGGGAACUGAAGCCGAGUGAGAGCGCGGAGAAAGGGGUCUCGGAGAGACAGAAGCAGAAACAGUAGAGCUGAAGAGCGCGAGAGCCGAGACUCUGAGCCACGAGUCCAGUAGUAUUUGGCUGCGGCCCGCACAGAAUUAUCUGCUCAGUGCCAAGUUGUCGCGCUGCGAGUAACGUUACGUAUACGCACCGUCCGCCGUCCACCGCCCGAACGCUACCGCCGCCGCUGCCCCCCGCGCACCUUGCCACGCCCCCUGUGCAGUAGCUUCUUCUUCGUCCUGGGAUUGGAAAGAGUGCGCGUUUUGGGGCGACAGGACUGCCGCCGGUUGUCGCAGGACAGAAAGGAUAACAGCGGCCAGUGAAGGAGCGACAAGAGCGCGGAAUUGGGUUCCACUUUUGCAUAAUGCCGAUGCGAAAUCGAGGAAUAUACGAGCGUACAAGUGUAGUGGCUGGCGUUUAACUGGCGCGUAAAUACUAUUUAUUUGCAAAGCAAAGAAGCCCCUCGGAAAUCCACCCCCGGACUCGCGCCCCUCCGCCCCGCGAGAGCAAGCGCCAGCGCGUGUUAUCAGCUAGCAAAAACGCAAACGAAUCGCGACAAAAACACAGAACCCGCAAAACACGAAAAAUAAAUAAAACCAGACCAGAAGAAAAUGCGAAUGUGGAUGCAUUUGAGCGCGAGAGUGUGCUAAGGUCUCCACAAUCAAACGGAAAGAUCAACGUUUACCCGGGGAGUGGACGCACUUAAGGUCUCCGGCAGUGAAACAAAGGAAGAGCAGGAGCGGCGCAGACGUGCAUGAAGAGGCAUCGGGCGAUGAGCCUGGCCCCAGUGUCCUGCACCCCCCACCUGCCCCCUAGCACUCACGAGCAACAAGUUGGUUAGGAAAUCCCCGGAUUCAGCGACUCCGGAGUCGUAAGUGGACGAACGUACGUGACUUAAUCAGAGAACGCGGCGGGAGGCUCAACCCGGCUAAGCGGCUAUCUGGUAUCUGGCUAUCCUCUGGCUAACGAGGAUACGACAAGGAGAGGGACGAGGAGGUGUCGUCGGUGUCGCCAUUUUACCCGCAAUGGUUUUAUGCACGGCGCACUGAGCAGCAGCAACAUGACAGAUGUGUCAGCGCCAGCUGGCGGCGCCACUUCUCCGGUCGACAUAACCGCUAGUCCGGGCUCCACCGCACUUCCUCCAGCCGCCACCCCGUCGGCAGCGGCUUCUGGGUCCUCGCCCCUGGCCAAGCCGCUGACCAACGGCGCCAACAAGGCGGCCACAGCAGCAUCAGGAGCAGACGAGGGCGCCUCCGGAAGUAAUCAGGUCAAGCAGGAGCAGCGCCGACAGAGCAAUAACAACCGACCUGCGGCGAGUGGUACCCCGGAAGCCAGGCAGGCCACACCUGCUGGCCAUUCCGACCCGAGCGCCGGCCCGUCAUCAAAGUCAUUCAGCAUCCAGACCCAGACCAGUCAGCAGGAGAAGCCUGGCAGGCCGACCUCUGCGGCCUCCCAGCAUGACGUCGACGAGGUGGCCCGGCUCUUCGAGGAGAAGCCCGAGGCCUUCGAGAAGUGGUUGACGGAACGGGCGCCACCAGAGGCGCUGGGCAGGCUGCAGGAGUUCAUCGAGAGCCGGAAGCCGCUAAAGCGACCCUCGGUCACCUCCGAUCUCUUCCAGCAGUGGAUGGCUGCCUCGCCCACCGUGCAGCAGAAGUCGCCCAGGAGCCUAUCCAACUCGUCGGCAUCUUCGAUUCCCGAGAGUCGCCGACAUCUGAUGGAUCUGGACGAGGGCGAGCUGUUCAUGGAGCUGAUUCGUGACGUGGCCAACGAGCUGGACAUCGAUGUGCUCUGCCACAAAAUCCUGGUCAACGUCGGCCUGCUCACCCACGCGGACCGGGGCUCGCUCUUCCUGGCCAAGGGCACGCCCAACAACAAGUAUCUGGUGGCCAAGCUGUUCGAUGUCACCCAAAAGACAGCACUCAAGGACGCCGUGACGCGGGCCAGCACCGAGGAGAUAAUCAUUCCCUUCGGCAUCGGCAUCGCCGGCAUGGUGGCGCAGACAAAGCAGAUGAUUAACAUCAAGGAGGCCUACAAGGACGCGCGCUUCAACUGCGAAAUCGAUCUGAAAACGGGCUACAAGACGAACGCCAUCCUCUGCAUGCCGAUUUGCAACUAUGAGGGCGACAUCAUAGGCGUGGCCCAAAUCAUCAAUAAAACGAAUGGUUGCAUGGAGUUUGAUGAACACGACGUGGAGAUAUUCCGCCGCUACCUGACCUUCUGCGGAAUCGGCAUCCAGAACGCGCAGCUCUUCGAGAUGUCCGUCCAGGAGUACAGGCGCAACCAGAUCCUGCUCAACCUGGCGAGGAGCAUUUUCGAGGAGCAGAACAACCUGGAGUGCCUGGUCACGAAGAUCAUGACCGAGGCCCGGGAGCUGCUCAAGUGCGAGCGGUGCUCCGUGUUUCUGGUGGAUCUGGAUUGCUGUGAAGCGAGCCAUUUGGAGAAGAUAAUUGAGAAGCCCAAUCAGCCGGCCACCCGCGCCAUUAAGUCGGCUGACAGUUUCGAGGAGAAGAAAAUGCGCAACCGCUUCACCGUGCUGUUCGAGCUGGGCGGCGAGUACCAGGCCGCCAAUGUUUCGAGGCCUUCCACCAGCGAACUAAGCACCUCCACGCUGGCCCAGAUUGCCCAGUUCGUGGCCACCACCGGGCAGACGGUUAACAUCUGCGACGUCCACGAGUGGGUGAGGGAGCACAACCAGAUCCGGGCCGAGAGCGAAAUCGACAGCACCCAAGCUAUUCUCUGCAUGCCCAUCGUAAACGCCCAGAAGACGGUGAUUGGUGUGGCCCAACUCAUCAACAAGGCUAACGGCGUCCCCUUCACCGAGUCCGAUGCCUCGAUCUUCGAGGCCUUUGCCAUCUUCUGCGGGCUAGGUAUUCACAACACCCAGAUGUACGAGAACGCAUGCAAGCUCAUGGCGAAGCAGAAGGUGGCCCUCGAGUGCCUCAGCUACCACGCGACCGCCAGCCAGGAUCAGACGGAAAAGCUCACGCAGGACGCGAUUGCGGAGGCAGAGACCUACAACCUCUAUAGCUUCACUUUCACAGACUUUGAGCUGGUCGAUGAUGACACCUGCCGGGCUGUGCUUCGGAUGUUUAUGCAGUGCAACCUGGUUUCGCAGUUCCAGAUACCCUAUGACGUACUUUGCCGCUGGGUUCUAAGUGUGCGAAAGAACUACAGACCUGUCAAGUACCACAACUGGCGGCACGCUCUGAACGUGGCCCAGACCAUGUUCGCCAUGCUCAAAACUGGGAAGAUGGAGCGCUUCAUGACUGAUCUGGAGAUCCUGGGACUGCUGGUGGCCUGCUUGUGCCACGACUUGGACCACCGCGGCACCAACAAUGCGUUCCAAACCAAAACCGAGUCUCCACUAGCCAUUCUGUACACUACCAGUACGAUGGAGCACCAUCACUUUGACCAGUGCGUCAUGAUUCUUAACUCGGAGGGCAAUAAUAUAUUCCAGGCCCUGUCCCCCGAGGACUACCGCUCCGUGAUGAAGACUGUGGAGAGCGCCAUUCUGUCCACCGACCUGGCCAUGUACUUCAAGAAGCGCAACGCCUUCCUGGAGCUAGUGGAGAACGGGGAGUUCGACUGGCAGGGCGAGGAGAAGAAGGACUUACUUUGUGGAAUGAUGAUGACGGCUUGCGACGUCAGCGCCAUCGCCAAGCCAUGGGAGGUGCAGCACAAAGUGGCAAAGCUGGUGGCCGACGAGUUCUUCGACCAGGGCGAUCUCGAGAAGCUGCAACUAAACACGCAACCAGUGGCCAUGAUGGACAGGGAGCGUAAGGACGAGCUUCCCAAGAUGCAGGUGGGCUUCAUCGACGUGAUCUGCCUGCCGCUGUACCGAGUCCUGUGCGACACCUUUCCCUGGAUCACGCCCCUUUACGAGGGCACCCUGGAGAAUCGCCGCAACUGGCAGGACCUGGCCGAAAAGGUCGAGAUGGGGCUCACCUGGAUCGACCACGACACGAUCGACAAGCCGGUGGAGGAGUUCGCGGCCUGCGCCGACGAGGAGAUUAAGGACAUUGAGUUCACAGUCACCACGCUGAAUUGCAACCAGUCCCAACAGUCCCAGCACGGCAGCGAGGACAGCCACACGCCGGAGCACCAGCGCAGUGGCUCCCGGCUCAGCAUGAAGAAGACCGGAGCGCUGGGCAAGGCGGUGAGGUCGAAGCUGUCGAAGACCCUCUACAACAGCAUGGACGGGUCGAAGCCAAAGACGUCGCUGAAGCUGCUGGAGUCCCAUGUCAGCGAGGACAUGGACGACAAGAGUCCUACGAGUCCCUCGCAGCCUCAGGCGUCAGGCAGUAUGGGCCGCAUGUCCGCCUCCUCCUCGACCUCCUCCGCAGGCGGCCAGGGCCAGUGCCAGAUGGCAGCGGCAGGUCAAGCCCAGGACAAGUCCAAGAAGCGCUCCAAGCUCUGCGCCUUGUUAUGACGAAAGCCGUCCAAUUAGAACAUGGCAACUCCCUCCAGCACAACUCCGGGCAGUGAGACUGACCCGAAGAGUGCCGGAGGGGGGCUGACCGAGUUCUAAUUGGAUUUCGUCGUCGAUUUGGAAGUAAUUAAGUAACGUAAUGGGAAUCUUGUUGCUCUACUUGCCGACUUUGUAGGCCGAUACCCAGUACCCUAUUUUUUAGCAAGGCGAAGGAGCUAAACUCAAUGGCGUUGCUUUGGAUGGGCAUCUCGACAAGAGCGCGUACUAUAACUAUCCUAGACCCAAGAGGACGGAGCGGGAAAAAACACAGUUGCAAUAUUAAGCAUUAAGUGAAUGUCAAAACAUGUGAUCUAUUUAAGGUCCGGAAGGCGCCGAAGAUAGUCCUCGUUGGGGAACCUUCUGGCGGAUACUAUCCUUUUAUCUAGCGUCUGUCUAUCGCUUCUAGGCUACAGGAUGCCACGAUUCUGUAGCAAAUACUAAUUAGAACUAUUACUAGCUAAGAAAACGUAGAAAACCCAACCAAAUCGUGCUAGUCAGAGCGUAUAAAAUACUAUGAACACUAUAUGGAGCACCUACUAUCCUAAGAGGCUAUGUCCCAGGCAUCGGACACCUGCGACCGGCUUGAGUCUACUUUACAUAGCUAAUUGAAUUGUAUUUACUUAGAAACUUUGAGUAUAGCAAUAUUAUAUGAUACUCCCGAGAAUAACGAAUUGCAGAUGAAUGAGAACAUUUCGUAUCACUGUUUAACUGUAUAGAUAUAUAAAUAUUAGCUUAUUGAAGACGGCAGUCAAUUUUUGAACUCAAACACAAGCAUACGAAUACGAAUACGCGCACAUUCGGUUGAAACGAAUAAUCCAGUCCGGUCCCUCACUAUUUUCAGAUUAAUGGAGUUUACUUUAUCAGUGUGUACAGAGCAGGUUUAUAAACCUUAGCAGAUAAACAUAAACUAAUAUAUAAAAUAUAUGCGAAGCGAAAGUUUAAAGAAUUGCAUGUAACUACGGAUAGAAUUGCAAAGAAUAACUCAUUAUUUUUAGUCACUUUCUGCGUGUGCUAAUCAAAAUUUGGCUGCUUAAGGUCAACUAAAGUUGUAAUUGUCGGAUCCUACUUCCCAGUUAUCGGGUCACUCUCAAGAAAAUCAAAUAACGUUCCCUGUCUCUGAUUUGCCUACCAAUUAAUGUGCAUACCUCUGAUCGUUUUGUUAAUUGUUUCUGUUACCCACGACGAUUAAAAGUUGUUCACAUUAGUUUUCCUAACUAUUUAAGACUUGCAAUUGAAUCAAAAUAAAUCACACCAUUGAGAACUACUCAAAAA